CACAACUACGACAUGGCGGGAAUGUCGAGGGGAACCGCUUCAAAUGGGCCCAAGUCGGCCAAGGCGGCCACUCAGGUCGUCAAAACACAAAGAAAGAAGAAGUCGACACCCUCAAGUCGGCGGCACCAUUUCGAAGGUUUCGCCCAGAGGAUCUCCAAGAUGAAGAUUGAUCCUAUCCGUCGCACUCGUCGCGGAGUAGGAGCUGAAGGCAGCCACGAGCUGGAAGGAGAGUCGUCGUACUUCCGUACUGCACUGGACGAAUGGAAGGACCUCAACCUGUCCGAGAACUUCUCGACCUUCGCCAAACAUGUCUACAACAUCUCCGACACUCUGCCUAUGGUCCUCUUCCACGAGGAGGCUAUCAUGGACAACCUUAUCACAUAUAUCGAGAAGGGAGAUGUCAUGUCCCUCGAACCGCUGCUCGCACUACUCUCACACUACGCACACGACCUCGACGUCCGCUUCGAGAAGCACUUUCAGAGAGCUGUCGCAACCGUCGCACAAGUCGCUGCCACUCAUGCUGAGCCUGAGGUCGUCGAAUGGGCCUUCACCUGCCUCGCGUGGCUCUUCAAGUACCUCUCGCGCCUAUUAGUACCCGAUCUCAGACCGCUCUACGAUCUCCUAUCGCCAUACCUGGGAAAGCAGAAGCAGAAGCCAUACGUUAUUCGAUUCGCUGCCGAAGCAAUGAGUUUCUUGGUCAGAAAAGCUGGAACCACAUAUCAUAAGAGCAAAGAACCCUUGGACACAAUUGUCGAGCACAUGUUGAACGACUUUGCUUCAAAUGAGACUGCGUCAGACGACUUGUACUCUCAGGGUUUGAUGACUCUGUUCACCGAGUCCAUCAAAGGUGUACAGGGGACGCUGCAUUCAGGAGGAAACACUGUUCUGCAAUGUCUGACCAGAUUCUGCUUUAAUGCUAACCAUUCAGAGUUUCUCAAGAGCAGGUCGCUCCAAAUCCUGAGGGGUUCGCUGAUCAGUGUUGUACAUCAUACCACCCCGGAAACUUUCGAAUCCGUCCAGGACGCCAUCUUCGAGUUUACUGACCCAAAUGACGAGGGCGCAGCAGAGAACCUGGAUGCAGCAAACACUCUACUUUUCACAGCCGCAUCCGUCCGUAAAGGAAGCAGAAUUUCGGAUUGGCCAACUUAUGUCAAGCGCGUUACGACCAUGAUCAAGAAAGCCGACAAGGCAUCUAAGGAAAUCGACUCAGACACUUUGACUGCACUUCUUAACACGCUGGCCGUGGUACUUAAUUAUGGACCCUUUGACGCAGUCCUUCAGGAGCUUGCAAUCCUUGAUACCAUUGGCCGUGGUAAAUGGAUUGGCCACUUCCUUCCUUUCUGUAAUAUCUUCGCCGAACUCAACCAAGAGCGCUUCCAGAGUUUCGUCUUGCCCAUCUUCCAAAAGUUCAUUGUCAACCACUGGAAGGAGAACGAGAUGGCUCUUUGCGCAAUGCUCCCUUCUCUAUCCCGCAAGAACACAUUUGCCAAGACACCUCUACAAUGUCCCCUAGAAUGGCAAAAGGUCAUGCUACAGCGUCUGAAGAAAGCUCAAGGGAAAUCGGCGCUGAAAGAUGAUGAGACCCUCCACAUGAGUAAUGGCCAUUUGGCGGUGUUGAGGAUAUCUCAGGGAGACUCAGAAACUCGCAAAUUGAUUGCAGCCAGUAUUUUGCAACUGCUCAAGUCUGCCGCGAAAUCGACGUCCACCGAAAUUGGAGGUUGGGAUUUGUUCGCUUUAGGUCAAGGAUUCCAAUACAUCUCGGACGAAUUCAGCGAAAGUCUACAGGACAAGCAACUUGCCGAAGCUUUGUGCUCUGCUUCUACACGGUGCAAGAAGUUGGUGCCCUACUGGACUGCUUUGAACUCCGUCCUGCAGAAAGCCGAUAUUGCCUUCACCGGAGAGCAGAUGGACUCUCUUAUCGCCAAUCUGAUAGACUGCUUGAAGACGCCCAGUCAUGAUCUUAGACUUUCUGGACUGCGGAUAUUGCAGACAAUUUAUGAGAAGAGGCAGCAAGAGGUCCCUGAUCUACUGACAUAUGCUCUUUCAAUCGAAGACACACCUCCAAGUGUGCAAACAGCCCGUUUCAUCUCCUCACAGAUUCGUCGACUAGCUCUCGGAUAUCCCGAUGUUCUCUCGGACCCGGUUUUGGCGAAGGCUAUUCCCACAUACUGUUUUGGUCUUCUACACAUUCACCUCGCACAGGCAUGGGAAGAUUCUAUCGCAGCACUCAAAGAGAUGACCGAACAUGGAAAUGCGGAGGAAAUCAUCACGACCACCAUCACACAAUGGCUCCAGGGCCAGGCUGAUAUGGAAGGCGGCGCUUCGCCAGCAGAAACAGCACCGGACAGGAGCAUUAGCCACGUCAGCUCCGACUUCGAGUGUUCCAACAUGAAUCAGAUCGAGAGAGAUAUUGAGAUCUCAGAGUCUCUGUUCGCGGAUCUGCAUCAAGGCAUCGAAAACCAGUUCAAACGAGACCACGUUCAAAGAGCAGCAGCUUCUCUUUCUGAACGAUCACAAGCACUGCGCGCACUGAACUCAAUGCCACAGUUGGCAGAGAAGCGAUCGCGUCUAUUGGUACCUGUCUUACUCGAAUGGGUAGGUGACGAGAGCGAAGCGCAGGAAGAAGAAGAGACCGGGAGCACUCGCCAUUGGGGACGCAAAGAUCAGAAAGCUAUGCUCGGCGUCUUUGCACAGUUCCAAAAUCCUAGAGUUCUGUUCAAGGCAACUGAGGUCUACCAAGCUCUGCUCAACCUCCUCACGAACGGUGACAACGAAAUUCAAAAGUCGACCCUCAAAGCCAUCCUUGCUUGGAAAACUCCCAGUGUCAUCAGAUACCAGGAGCACUUGCUCAAUUUCCUGGAUGACGCAAGAUUUAGAGAAGAGGUUUCUGUCUUCCUUCGUCUUGAGGAAGAGGGGGAUGCCAUCCGCAGUGCCGAUUGCCAAGACUUGAUGCCAGUUCUGUUGCGCAUACUUUAUGGUAAAGCAGUGACGAGAGCUGGUUCGGCAAGUGGUAAGCGUGGACAGCAAACUCGUCGCAAGGCCAUCUUUGUUGCUCUAGCUCGCUUCCCUGCAGAGAUUAUCGGACAGUUCUUGAGUAUUUCACUUGGCUCUCUGGCGACCAUGGAACCCAUCCAGGAUGGAAAUCUGAACCAAUCAGCCGUGGAAAAAUUCAAUGUCGCUCCAAGAAAGCAAGUUGGUCUCCUCAAUAUGCUCGAUGAUAUGGUGCACACUCUCGGCAAUAGACUGGACCGUUAUGCUACAAAGAUUGCUGAUGCAGUUCUACUCUGCCUGCUGAAAGCUUCAAAGUCGCAUACCGAUUCUAUCGAUGUCGACGAGGAGACGCCUGUCGAGGCUGAAUCUCAGACUUCCCUCGACCGCUCUAUUCGCCAGGCUGGUUUUCACUGUUUGAUUCAAGUAUUCUCAACAUGUACUGAGGUGGCAUGGUACAACUACGCCAAGGUUGUCAUGAGUGAACUCGUUGGUCCCCGCUUGGAGAAACUCCCCAUCGAGACCGCACAAUCCGUCUCUGCCUUCCUGCGUCUCUUCUCGACCUGGGCAAGCUCAUUGUCCACCUGCAACUUCUUGACUGACUUCUAUCCGCAAACGCUCAAUGCAGUGGCAGACUGUCUUGUCGUGCCCAGCGCAAAGAACGAGGUCAAGUCGUUCAUCAUUGAGCAUAUCAUCGGACGUCUGUUAGACACUAUCCAGCCACGCCGAUUGAAGGAUGUCGACAUGAACAUUGACAUGACCGAAGAGCAGGACCAAGCACGUGCAUCCAUUCUGGGCCCGAGAGCCAGUUUGUUUGUUGUCAGACUUGGUGCUGUCUUGAGACAGAGCCCUCCCAAGGACAUUCUUGACUCGAGUGUUUUGUGCGUAUCGCGUCUUGCGCCGCUUGUAACUGGUGUCGAGAAUAUUCGUGAUGUUGUCGAUGUCUCAAUCUUCCUGCUUGGGCAGCCCUCGAAGAUCGUCCACUUUACUACUAAGCGCGAUCUUCUGCAAACUCUGUUCCAUCUCAUUCCUGGAGCCGAUCUCAACAAGGAUGAGAAGCGCUUCAACCAAGUCUAUACCACACUCUGCCCGCUGUUUGGAUAUUUCAAGGACCGAGAAAGUCGCGAACUUCUUGCUGCUGUUGUGAAACAGUUGGCUGAUGAGAAAAAGGAGCUCUCAUACGUCGCUUCUUUGUGCGAAGACCUGAACUCAUUCUCGACAUCAAGACUCGAUGAGCCAGACUUUGAGCGCCGUGCCAUCGCGUUCAGCACCAUUAAUGAGGAGAAGUACUCUACCUUCACUGCUAUGCAAUGGCAGCCCCUCGUUUACAGCAUGUUGUAUUUCGUUAGAGACAACGACGAACUUGCCAUCAGAACCAGUGCUUCUUACAGUCUGAGAAGAUUCAUCGAAGUAGCAAGCGUCAAUGGCAACUUCAAGAACGAUGACUUCAAGCAACUCACCAUCUCUGGCCUCUUCAACGGUCUGCAGGGUGGUAUGCGCGAUCCCUCAGAGUUGGUUAGAUCUGAGUACCUUCAGAUCUUGGCUCAUAUGAUCAAAUAUUUCUCAGCCUGGGACGCCGUCAAUGACAUGGCUACUCUGCUUGUCGAGGGCGACGAGGAAGCCUCUUUCUUCAACAAUAUCUUGCACAUUCAGCAGCAUCGCAGACUUCGUGCUCUGAGAAGAUUGUCCGAGGAAGCACACGCUGGUGUUAUCUCAAGCAACAACGUCAGCUUGUUCUUCAUUCCUCUGCUCGAGCAUUUCAUCUUCGAUCCUGCUGGUGACGACAGUUCUCACAACUUGUCUGCCGAGACCAUCAACACUGUCGGAGCUCUCUCUGGGUGUCUGGACUGGCAGCUGUACAGGUCGACUUUGAGGAGAUUCGUCAGUUAUAUUCAGAGCAAACAAGAGCUGCAAAAGAUCGUGCUUAGAAUUGUCAGUCGUGUGAUUGAUGCCCUGGACCGAGCUUCUGAGUCCAUCCGUAAGAAGGACACCGGUAUGGAGAUUGAUGGCGAGAGCGAAUCAAUCAAUGGUGCUCCGGCGCUAAGCCCGCUUGCUGCAACUCUGCCUUCUGAAGACAAAUUGUCCAACGAGAUCAACAAGCAGCUCUUGCCGCCGCUGACCUCGUUCUUGCAUCUCAAGGACGAGUCAACCGUCAGUCUGCGUGUACCCGUAGGUGUCGCUGUGGUCAAGCUCAUUCGCGUCCUUCCUGUCGCUGAGCAUGCCUUGAGACUCCCCACUGUACUCAUGGACUUGUGCCACGUCCUUAGAAGUAAAGCAGCCGAGGCCAGAGAUAUGACCAGAAAGACUCUUUCCGAGAUCACUGGUAUCCUUGGGCCAUCCUACUUCCAGUUUGUUAUCAAGGAGCUGCGCAGCGCUCUGCAGCGUGGUUACCAGCUUCAUGUCAUGUCUUUCACCAUGCAUUCUAUCUUGGUCGACAACAUCGAGUCCCUGGAGGCUGGUGACCUUGAUCAUUGUAUCAACGACAUGAUCGCCGUCGUCAUGGAUGAUAUCUUCGGUGUUGCAGGUCAAGAGAAGGAUGCUGAAGAAUACAUCAGCAAGAUGAAGGAAGUGAAGAGCAGCAAGAGUUACGACUCUGCUGAGCUCAUCGCCAAGAUCACAACCACAUCUCAUCUUGGUGAGCUGAUUAGACCCGUCCAGUCUCUCUUGCUCGAGAAGCUGGAUCUGAAGACCGUCAAGAAAAUUGAUGAACUUCUCCGCCGCAUUGGUCUGGGGACUAGUCAGAACUUGUCAGUCAAGGACAGAGACAUUCUCGUCUUUGGCUAUGAGAUCAUCCAGAAGGUGUAUGCCGCCACUGCUGCUGCCAAGACUCGCCCUGUCAUGGAGGAUUACAAGAUCAGAAAGUAUCUCAUCCAGAUGCAGAGUGCCAACAAGUCCGGCAAGAAGGGAGCAACCAGCUCGUACAUCUUCAAGCUUACCAGAUUCGCUCUUGAUCUUGUUCGCGCAGUCUUGCAGAAGCAUGAUGAGCUCAAGACUCCGGCAAACCUUGCUGGCUUUUUGCCUAUUCUUGGUGAUGCUCUGAUUGGUGGUCAAGAGGAAGUUCAAAUGGCAUCUGUCCGUCUGCUCACAUCCAUCAUCAGAGUGCCUGCUCCGCAGAUCGUGGCCAACGGACCAGUCUACGCUGGAGAAGCAGUCAAGAUCCUCAGGGCUGCGCCCUCGAUGAUCACCGAAUUGGCUCAGUCUUCUUUGAAGCUGAUUUCAGCCAUUCUUCGUGAUAGACCUGACAUCAAAAUCAAGGAGAAUGACAUGGCCUUUGUGCUCAAGAGAAUUAAGCCCGAUCUCGAAGAGCCCGAUCGUCAAGGCGUCAUAUUUAACUUCUUGAAGGCUGUUGUGGCACGCAAGAUCAUCAUCACUGAGGUGUACGAGGUGAUGGAUUCGGUUGCUGCUAUUAUGGUCACCAACCAGACCCGCUCUGCUAGAGAUCUUUCUCGUGGUGUGUACUUCGCUUUCAUGAUGGAAUACCCUCAAGCAGGCGCCCGUUUGAACAAGCAGAUUGCCUUCUUGGUGCAGAACCUUGAGUACAAGUAUGUCGAAGGAAGACAAUCUGUCCUUGAGUUGCUGCAUUUGCUUCUGGCCAAGACACAAGGUGAUCUUGUCCAAGAGCUGUCAAGCAUGUUGUUCGUACCACUGGUCAUGAUGAUGGUCAACGACGACUCACCCGAAUGUCGCGAGAUGGCCGGCGCAUUGAUCAGCAAACUUCUUGAACGCGCUGAUGAAGAACGCACAAAGAACUUCGUCACUCUGAUGCGCACAUGGUUGGAGCAGGACGAACAAUUGCUGCUUCGCCGCAUUGCUCUGCAGUGCUGGACCAUCUACAUUGGUCACGGCAAGGCAACUGCCAAGGAGACUUCCUUCCUGUUCAAGCAGGUAUCUAAGCUUCUGAACCCUGACGAUGUUGAAUCUGAAGACUGGGAGUUGCUGUACUACGCUCUCCAGGCUUUCGCAAAGAUGGCCGAGAUGGCACCUUCCACUUCUCUGGCACCUGCCGCCAAGGCUUCUUGGACCAACAUCUUCAAGUGUCUUGUCUUCCCUCACGCAUGGGUCAAGCUUUCUUCCGAUCGCCUCAUCGGCCUGCUUUUCGCCGACAUGGGCAACUGUGCUUCCAAGACUGAAGAGGGACUUGGUGCUCUGCCUUUGUACACCAACAGCAAGAUGGAGAUUACUACCAAGGAGCUUCACGAGCUCUGCGCUGCUGGUCUCAGAACUCUGCGCUUCAGCAACGUCAGCGAGCAAUUGGUCGGUCAGACUGUGCGUAACCUGAUCUUCCUUGGUCGCUGCUAUAGCGCGGAUAACGUCGACUGGGAACACCCCACUCCCUUCACCAGAAACGGCGUCGCCGUCUCAGUAAACGCCGAAGAAGAGGACGAGGAAGAGGAAGAAGACGAGACCGCUGAUGCCGAUGAUGAUGAAGAGCAAACCGACAACGCAACUCCCACAACAGCACUACACCACCUGCUAUCGCGCAUGUCAGCUCUCAUCCGUCGCGACGAUGGCGCUCCCACAGCCUCCGUGCUCUCCGCCAAAACCGGCGCCCUCCAAGCCAUUGCCUCUCUCUGCAACAUCCUCCCCUCUGAAAACAUCACUCCCUCCCUCUCCGCCAUCCUCACACCCAUCUACCUCCUCACCGACGCCUCCAUCGCCGCCCCUCGCCUCGCAACCGAGUCCCUCCAAAAAGCAUACCAAGACCUCAAGGCCCUUGCCACAGAAGUCGCCUCUCUGCUUCAGAAGAAGUUGGGCAGCACAGAAUACGUAGUUGCCAUGAGAGGAGUGCAAGAAAAGGUCAGAGGCAAGAGAGAAGAGAGAAGACGCAAGAGAAGAAUCGAAGCCGUCAGUGCACCUGUCAAGUACGCGGCUGACAAGAGGAGGAAGCACGAUAUCACCAAGAUGAAGAGGAAGGAGAAGAGUGCCGAGGCUAGGGGUAAGAGAAGAGGUUGGUAGUCGAUGUCGCCACCUCUUUUCUAUCUUCUUUUUCUUCAGUUGCAGUUGCUUGUGCUUUCCAUAUGCAUAGUGUUAGGAGUUUCAUGGGUCGUUUUUGUGGCAUAAAAGUAAGGUAGAUAUGGAGUCGGUGUCAAUAGAUGUA